AUGGAAAAUACAAAUACAAGUUUGAGAAGUGAGCAAAUUUCUGAAAAUCCUCAUCCUGCACGACACUCUAUCAUGCCUGGUUCUGAGACACCCUGUGGUCUGGAUAAGAAAUGGGUUCUCAGUCAUGCAGAUGUUACACUGGGAGAAUUACUGGGCAAAGGUAAUUUUGGUGAAGUGUACAAGGGAACACUAAAAGAUAAAACUCCUGUUGCUGUGAAAACCUGUAAAGAAGACCUUCCUCAAGAGUUGAAAAUAAAGUUUUUAUCAGAGGCCAGAAUACUCAAACAGUAUGACCAUCCGAACAUUGUAAAGCUUAUAGGAGUUUGCACUCAAAGGCAGCCUAUUUAUAUCGUUAUGGAGCUUGUUCCAGGAGGUGAUUUCCUCACCUUUUUAAGAAAGAAGAAGGAUGAGCUCAAAACCAAACAGCUAGUGAAGUAUUCGUUAGAUGUUGCUGCUGGCAUGGCAUAUCUUGAAUCCAAAAACUGUAUUCACAG